AAUUAAUGCCAAUGCCUUCCAACAGAUGUCAGCAGCUUCCACGAUCGGAUGUCGAGUGGAAGAACUUAUCACACCGGCCUUUUUGGUGGAUCGGGCCAAAGUGGAGGUGAACUGCCGGAACAUGCUGAACACAUGUAAAGCUCUCGGGGUCUCUCUCAGAGCGCAGACCAAGACGCAUAAAACGAUCGAGGUAGCAGAGCUCCAGACGGGAAGAACGAGACGCGGAUUGGUCACCUCCACCCUCGACGAGUCCGAAUUCUACGCCGACCAUGGCUUCGACGACAUCCUCUACGGUUUCCCUCUCAUUCCCCAACACAUGGAGAGAGUCGCCGCCCUCACAGCGCGCCUGAACCAAUUCCACGUGAUGGUCGACUCCCGCCUGGCCGUCGAGACGCUGAAGGAGACGACCACGCCCCUCGGGAAGAAGUGGUCCGUCUUCCUGAAGGUGGACUGCGGGAAUAAUCGAGCCGGCGUGUGGUGGGAGGACGAACACGGCGUCGACCUGGCUGUGUCCCUCCACGAGUGUCCGUCGAUUAACUUCAUGGGCGUUUACGUUCACUGCGGGAACUCCUACCGGUCAGAGACGCCCAAGGGUGUUGACAAGAUUAGGGACGAGACGAUAGAACUGCUCCUGAAGUUCGUCGAGCGCGUGGGCAGGCGGGGGGUGAAGUGCCCCAUCGUGGGUAUAGGCUCGACCCCUACCUGCAGAAGGCCCGGCCCGAGCAUGAAGAAGAUUUCUGAACUCCAUCCAGGAAAUUACGUCUUUUUGGACGUCCAGCAGUCGACAAUAGGCUCAUGCUCCCAGGACGAUAUCGCCUGCUGCGUCGCUACCAGGGUCAUUGGCCACUACCCACGCAGGAACCAGUUACUGGUCGACUGCGGCUUCCUGGGCCUCACUAAGCAAGGAUUCGGACACAUGGCUACUGGCUACGGCGUCAUCCGGGACCAUCCGAACUUACGGUUGAUUGACAUGACGCAGGAAAUUGGCUUCGUCGACACCAUCGAAGGAAAAUUGGACUACGAAAAGCACCCCAUCGGCUCGCUUCUCUACGUCAUCCCGUGGCACUCAUGCGCAACGGCCGCCAUGUAUCCCUUUUACCACGUGAUCCAAGAUGGCGUCGUGAUCGAGGAAUGGAAACCAACUCGAGGAUGGUAAACAUUGAUAAAUUAGGCCUAUUUGUUGUUGUUUUUUUUAUAUAUAUAUUAUUAAUUUUUGUUUGAGGUAAUUCUGAUGAUUCGUUAUAUGCAGUGAAGAAUAUUUUGAUUCGUAUAUGUGUGUAUAUAUGUAUGGUAUAGUAUAACGGGUAUGUUCGCAAAUAUUGUUUUUUGUAUAACAUUCAUUAAUCCUGUUAUUUGGUGAUAUAUAUAUAUAUGAACGAAAAUGAAUAUACUUAUAUAUUUUUUUUUGUUUGAAUAUUGAUUUCUAAAUUAUGAUUUCUUACUAAUGUCUUUGUGUUCUAGGGUAACACGUCAGAAUUUAUUGAUAAAGAAAAUGGGUUUUCAUUUUUAUUAUUUUUUCUAGGUCUAAAAUAUAUAUACAUUUAUUGAUAAAGAAAAUGGGUUAUCAUUUUUAUUAUUUUUUUUAGGUCUAAAAUAUAUAUACAUUUAUUGAUAAAGAAAAUGGGUUUUCUUUUUAUUAUUUUUUAGGUCUAAAAUAUAUAUACAUUUAUUGAUAAAGAAAAUGGGUUUUCUUUUUAUUAUUUUUUAGGUCUAAAAUAUAUAUACACAUUUUUUUUUCUUUACAGUUUAUUUGAUUUUAAUUUUUCAGAAGAUUAGCAAAGAGAGAAAGAAAAAAAUUCUGGUCUUUUAUCCAAAAUUAUUAUUUUUUUUUUCUAUUGUCUCUCUUCUUGAUUUUGAAUUUACCAAAAUUUCAACAUCAUUCUGUUGGUGUUUGUUAUUCUUAUAUAUAUAUUCUGUGCGUUUAUUUUUUUUCUGGCAUAUGUUGGCGUAUGUGUGUGCUUGUGGUAUAAAUGUUUCUAAGUUUCUUUUACAUUUAAUAAAGCGGGGAAAAGUGUUAA